AUGUUGGGACAAAUGAAUUUUGAGACACCCAAUGUCAUUGAUCCUGGCGACAAUGUUCCUUCCACUCCUUCACGCAGCCUGCAAAAGGACUUUGAAAAUCGAGGUUCUUCGCGCGUCUCGAUUUCUUCCAACGAAAGCGACAGUGAUCGCAUCAUUUUCAAGCCAGGACUAUCCAGGACUAUCAAGAUAAACUACGAAGAUGAUGCUGACGAUGAACCGACCAGUGAGCCGCUCUCUCGGGUGGAUCUGGAUCCGGAAAGUGGCUACGAGAACGAAGGUCUAAUCCGUCCGACCUCAAAUCCAGCAAGCCCAACCAUGGAACAAACUAGGCUCUUUGCUGCGGCCAUGUUGAAUGAAUCAGAAAAGCGAGGGUUCAAGCGUCCUACUGCUCCCAAAGACAGCCCAGUCAAGAACUUGUUUGGUUCUAGUCGAUACAAUCGUGACGAAGACUAUUUGCGCAAUGGUUUGGGGCUAGACUAUCCCAAUUCGGCGAUGGACAAGUGGCGUAGAGUACGCCGCCGGCGCCUUGGAUAUACUGUGUGUAUCAUCCUAUCAGUAGUGGCCCUAUUUACAACCUUUGGAGUUUUGAUGCAAAAGCAUGUGGAUGAACAUGAUGACCGAACGAAUGAGGUAUAUGACUUUUUGGAGUUGCAUGAUGUGUCCACGCUCGAUGAUUUGGCCGAAAAAGGGUCACCCCAGAACAGAGCUGCUCAUUGGAUUGCCAACUAUGAUGCUGAGCGGGUUGACAUUCCAUCCCGUGAUGAGGAUCCCGGCCGCUUGAUUCAGCGAUACUCGCUUGCGGUUUUGUACUAUGCUUUGGGAGGAGAGAGUUGGUCGACCCAACUCAACUUUUUGGCCAGUGACCACGAAUGUGGUUGGAACGAGGAGAUUCCAGAUGAAAACAAGGAAGUAUUUGCAGUUGGUGUCUCUUGCAACCCUGAGCUCUUGGUGGACAGUCUUUUGAUCCCCUCGAACAAUCUGUCGGGAUCUCUUCCUGUUGAAAUUCGUCACUUGAAACAUCUCAAAUUCAUCAGCCUGAAACAUAAUACAAUUUCGGAAAUUCCAUCCUCAUUGCAGCAUUUGACUUUGUUGGAAUAUUUGGACUUCAAAUUCAAUAAAUUUGAAGGAAGCAUUCCUGAUUUCCUUGGGAAAUUGGCGCAUCUUCAAGUCUUGGGACUUAGUCACAAUAGAUUGACUGGGUCAUUGCCGACUUUCUCUAAUCCUCGGCUCAAGACUUUGGCAGUGGACGGCAACGAAUUGUCUGGGGAUUUGAGUUCUAUUCGUCAAAUGAACCAUCUCAAAUACUUGUAUGCCCAAGACAACUCAUUCCAUGGAAACUUAUUCCAUGGUCUGCUCAUGACACAGCUCCCCAGUUUGGUUGAAGUUGACUUGAGUGGCAACGAUUUGACGGCAACCGAAAUUCCAUCGCAUAUUUUUACCCUGCCUGACCUUCGGUUGUUGGAUGCCUCUAACAAUCAAAUCAGUGGCAGUUUCCCGGGCGAUCUUCCACCCAACAAUGCUCUGGAAUAUCUUUCCUUCCGUGGAAACAAUAUCACAUCCUCAAUUCCAGACAGCAUUUCCAACUUUGGAAAACUAACACAUUUGGAUUUGGAGAACAACAAGCUGACUGGUGAUUUGCCAAAUUCUCUUUCAAAAGUAACCAACAUGGAAUACCUCUUUUUGGGAAAGAACGACUACGCACCCCAACCGAUUCCUGGUGAACUUAAGGAGUUGGUCAACUUAAAGGAACUCUCACUCGAUAAUGCCAACUUGCAGGGAGAAAUGCCAACAUGGAUCGAGGGGCUCAGCCAUUUGACAUUGUUGGAUCUUCGUGAGAAUCAGCUUGAAGGAUCAUUGGAUCAAAUUGACUUUUCUAAGUUCCCACUUAUGAAGUAUAUUUUGCUGAACGAUAAUCAAUUCAGUGGAACAGCAUCUGGCAUGGCAACUAUGGCACAACUUGAAGUCCUUUCAAUCUAUCACAAUGGACUGACAGGCGACCUCGAACCCAUUUGCGUUGGAUCCAACGAUCUAUAUUGGUUGGCCUCUGACUGUAGCAACGCUGAUGCAUGCUCCUGUUGCGACAAGUGCUGCGAUGGGGAUGAUUGCUUUGGGGAUUCCACUUGGGAUGAGCUGGAAAAAAGCAAGUGGGAUCACAGCUAUUCCCGUGCCGAGUACGCAUUCAAUCCAAACAUUCUCCUGGGUGAUGUCUACCAACAACCAAGAGGUGGAUCCAAGUGA